CAAAAAAGUAAACAUGGUGUUUAGUUGAGGGGAACAACAACGUGUUCAUUCAAAAUAGUGAAGUAAUACUUCUCGAGGCAUUUGUAAUUUUGAUUCUACCUUUACUGUUAAAAUGGAUAUAGUUAAGGAAGUAUUGGAAAAGCAGAAGAAGGAUUUAGAAAAAUAUAAACCAAUCACGGUGGAGAAGCACUUGGAAGUUGGAAUAGAUAUUGGACAUCUGAUGGUAACCGAUCCCAACUAUUUCGAUGAAGACAAACUAAGAGAAAAUCAGGAACAAUAUUUGCUCGAUUUGACCCGCGGUAACACACAGCUGUUGGUUAACAGCGUUUGGGAGCUCCCGACAGAACGAGUGGAGGAAUCUGUUGUUGUCAAACUUCCUCCCCCGCGAACUGUAUUGCCUCGUGCUCGCAAACUUCCAGUUCCGAAGCCACUCACGAAGUGGGAAGAGAUUGCCAAGGCGAAGGGCAUUAAGAAGCGAACUCGCGAGAAAAAAGUAUACGACGAAGUGUUGGACAAAUGGGUACCAACAUACGGUUAUCAGCGCUACAAGGCCGACAAAGAGAAAGACUGGGUCUUGGAGGUGCCCCAGAAUGCCGAUCCGAACAAGGAUAUGUUCCAAGAGAAACGAGACCUGCGGAUAGAGCGGAUAGCGAAGAACGAGAUUGCUCGUAUGAGGAAUAUUGCUCGCGUGAAAAAGAUUCAAACACCGCGUACCGGCUUCUUGGGACCGGAAUCAGCAUCUGCAAAGGAGCUUGUGACGGCGGUUAGUAUUGCAAAGGCAUCGACCGCAUCGGUUGGUGUUUUCCAGGAGAAACUUUCAAAUGAAAAGCAAGCUCGAGGAAUCGGUGUGAAAGAAUUGAUGCCGGGCAGUAAACGUAAGCGCGCUCCAAUUACGUUACCAGGGGAGAAGAAACGAAACCUGGAAAUCGUUAAUAAGGUUUUGAAUAAGAAACCCAAAAUCGAUGUCGAAAAGGCAAUUUCUCUUCAGAAGGCUGAAGCGCGAACAGAACGUGAAGCGGCAGCAUUAUCCGCAGAAGGUGCAUCCAAGAAAAAGGGUAAGAAAUCUACGAAAGGUACUUUUAGUCGGAAAAAGCCAAAAGGUGGACAAGGCAAACGUAAUCAUAGCAAGCGAGCCGUUGGACGUAAAAGGCGUUAGAUGGAAGUUUAAAACGACGAAUCAGCCUACUGCUGAAAGUCUAUAAUAAUGUAAGAAAAAAUUAAGUAGAUAUUUCAGUUUAAGAAUAUACAUGUUGUCAAAUAUAAGCAGUUAUAUUGAUCAUG